AUGCUGCUGGGCGAAAGCUGCCGCAGAGACCUCCCAGCCAACAAGCCCGCCCGGCACGGGCUCAUCGACCUGGCCUACGCCGGCCUGACGACUUGCAAGGAUGCGAUUCUGAAGUGCCAGAGUGCGGCGGAGGUGCAGAGCUGCCUGCAGAAUUUCUUCGAGUCGAUCUAUGACCCGAGUUAUCUCGUGGAGUUGGUGGCUGCAGCAGAGUACAAGUUGUGGGACAAGGAGGCCUCAAUGGCCAAAAUCGGCGUGCCGUCCUUGCACACCAUGGAUUACGAAAAUUCGCGGAAGCACUGGGAUCGGUACCAGAACCAUUACAGGCUUCAGAACUACGUUCUCCGCGAGUUGUGCCAGGAUACGAGCACCGCACAAUCAACCUCAAUCACGGGAGGAACUAUAGCCUCAAAGACCUCGACCUCGAACGUGAACGGCGGGAAUGUCGCAGUCUCGCAAACUGGUGUGGUCCUUGACAUGAGGUUGACAACAAGAUCUGUCAUGAAGAUUUUCAACCAGUUUGUGCAGCACUUGGCCAACUCCGAGAACCCUGCGCAUAGCGCCGGCAUCUUGAGAUCUUGUGUCGAGUAA